AUCCUCCGUUUUAUAUGCACACCAUCCAAACAGGAGAUUCGAGCGCGCUUCUUUUGUUCGAAAGACGCAGAGUGGCGGCAAAAAUCGCAGCUACCGAAUUCCCAUAAAAGGAAAAGAUAAUGCUAUCCCUGCGCUUCGCUGUUCCUACGGCGAAUACGUUAAUCCCUACCAAGACUAAACCCAAAUCUGGUCUAGUAGUUCAAACCGGUUGGAAACAAACGGGCCUCUCUUCUUCUCCUCCCAAACGAUACGACUAUAAGCUGCAAGCCGCUACCACUGACAUAACGGAUGGGAGGGCUUCCGUGGAGGAUAAAGAGGUGGAGCUGCCGGCGGGGCUGAGCAGAGAGUUGAUGCCGAAGCACGUUGCGGUGAUAAUGGACGGGAAUGGCCGGUGGGCUCGCCAGCGGGAAUUACCGACUUCAGCGGGGCACGAAGCCGGCGUAAAGUCGUUGAGGGAGAUGGUGGAGCUGUGCGGUCAGUGGGGAAUCCAGGUUCUCACGGUCUUCGCUUUCUCUUCCGAGAACUGGAUUCGUCCCAAGGUGGAGGUUAAUUUCUUGCUGAGUUUGUUUGAGAGAGCGUUGAAGUCGGAGAUGGAGUCCUUUGGAAGAAGUGGUAUUCGGAUAUCGGUAAUCGGGGAUUCAUCGAAGCUUCCCGCAUCCCUGCUAAGCUUGAUCAACGAAGUCGAGGAGACCACGAAAAACAACACCCGACUCCAACUCAUCGUCGCGGUCAGCUACAGCGGUAAAUACGACGUCAUACAAGCAUGCCGGAGCAUAGCCGAGAGAGUGAAAGACGGCCAAAUCCAACUGGAAGACAUCGAUGAAGGCUUAAUCGAACAAGAGCUGGAAACGAAUUGCACCGAGUAUCCCUACCCGGAUUUGUUAAUAAGAACCAGUGGAGAACUCAGGGUCAGCAACUUCUUGUUGUGGCAAUUGGCUUACACUGAGCUCUUCUUUACUCAAGAACUGUGGCCCGAUUUCGGGAAGGAAGACUUCGUCGAGGCUUUGAGUUCGUACCAGCAGCGGCAGCGCCGAUAUGGCGGAAGACAUUCGUGAGGUGAUGCGAAAGUGUAUACGGUGUUGGCAAGGGCAAGGGGUUGAUUCAUAAGCAAAUGGCAAUUGAAGGAAUAUAGUUUUAGUAUAUACAUAUACAGAAUAGUAUAUACAAAUACCUUUCAGUCUUUUC